GCCGCUCAGCGCUGCGCCUCCGCCCUGCGGCCGCCGGGGAGGCAUGGCGCCGCUGCGCGUGCUGGUGGACAUGGACGGCGUCCUGGCCGACUUCGAGGGCGCGCUGCUGCGGGGCUUCCUCGCCGCCUAUCCCGGGGAGCCGCACAUCGAGCUGGCGCAGCGGAGGGGCUUCUCGGCGCUGGAGCAAUACCGCUGCCUGCGGGAGGACCUGGCGAUUAAGUUAGCCAGCGUAUAUGAGUCACCAGGCUUCUUUCUGGAUUUGGAUCCCAUUCCUGGAGCUAUCGAAGCAAUGCAAGAAAUGAUCCAAAUGCCCAACACCGAGGUUUUUAUUUGCACAAGCCCUCUACGGAGAUAUGAAUUCUGCAUUCCAGAGAAGUACAGCUGGGUUGCAAAACACUUGGGUCCCAAAUUUGUGGAGCGACUAAUCCUGACCAGAGAUAAAACAGUUGUGUCAGCGGAUCUGCUUUUUGAUGACAAAGACAGUAUUAAAGGGGUGGAGUCUAAUCCAAGCUGGGAGCACAUCCUGUUCUCUUGUUGCCAUAACAGGCAUCUAAUGCUGCAGCCCCCACAAAGGAGACUGGAGUCCUGGACUGACGAGUGGAAGGCAAUACUGGAGAGCAAACGCUCCAAGAAUGUCUAAAGAGAGGGGCACAUCCUUUCUCUGCCAGUUGAAGAACACGAGACUGCAGCUGAUAAGGAGGCCCCACAGCAAGGAAGAACAGACUCAGACGGCUGCCCUAGGUAGGGAAAGAGGUUCUGUUUGUUCCUCUGAGUUAAGCAACUGAGUAUUAUGCUUGCACUGUUCAAGUUAUUAAAAUGUUAAAUCCC